AUGUCAAAGCCUAUAAGAAGAAACAGCUCUUCUUUUAUUAUCAGCUACCAGCAAAUUAAGAAUCAAAUUGAGCUCGAAGACCAAGCUAAUAAUCUGACAAAGAAAAAAGACAAAGAAAAAGAAAAAAAAACCGAAACUUUAAAAGGGAAGGAUAAAGCAGGAGAGGCUAUUAAGGAAUCUGAAAAUUUUAGGAAUAUGUGCGAGCAUAAAAUUCCUCUUACUCCCCUCCGUGAGUGAACAAAACUAUUGGAAAAAUUCCUAAAUUUUGUCCAAAACCCACCCUCCGUGAACGAAUAAAAGUUUUUUUAAUAUAAAAUUUUUUUAGGAAAAAAAUUUUGAUAUAUAAGUGAUAAGUAUUAUAAUGAAAUCUCGAGCUAAUUCUGUUUAAUUUUAAACAGAUUGCAUUUUAAAACAUAAAUUUUACACAUUAAAUUAAUAGUGAUUUCCAAUUUUUGCGAAUUGGGAUUUUUUUAAAUUAUUAUAAAUUUAUAUUGCUCGUUCACAGAGGGAUGGGGAGCUAGUGAACUUAUUAAACAGCUAGAAACCAAUCUAGAAAAUGGUCUCCAAGAUGCAAUUGCUAAUGAAAAAUUUAAACUAUUUGGGGAAAAUAAAUUAACAGAAAAAUCUCAACUGCCUUGGUACUGCCUCUUUUUUAAGCAAAUGACUGGCUUCUUCUGUUUGCUCUUAUGAGUUGGCUCAUUCCUGUGCUUUAUUGCAUACGGCAUUAGUCCCAUUGACCCUGCAAACUUAUACUUAGGGAUCGUACUUGCAAUAGUUGUGUUUUUAUCUGGCUGCUUUAGCUAUUAUCAAGAAUCUCAAUCGCUUGCAAUUAUGGCAGGUUUCAAAGAUAUGAUCCCUCCAACCUGCACAAUUAUAAGAGGAGGCAGCACAAGAAUUUUUGAAUCAGCCAAGCUUGUACCAGGAGAUGUGGUAAUUUUAAAAGAGGGUGGAAGAGUUCCUGCAGAUUUAAGAAUUUUCGAAGCCAAUAACUUAAAAGUUGACAACUCAUCUCUUACCGGAGAAAGCGAACAACAGCCAAGAUCAGAAAUUUGUACAAAUGAGCAUAACCCUCUAGAGUCUGAAAAUAUUGCAUUUUUUGGGACAAUGUGCAGCUCAGGAGAAGGUAAGGGAUUAGUUAUUUUUACUGGGAAUAAUACAGUUAUGGGGAAAAUCGCAAAACUUGCUUCUUCCACGACUACAGAAGAAACAACUCUAGGCAGAGAAAUUACAAGAUUUGUAAAAUUGAUAAGUGCAAUAGCAAUCAUGUUCGGAGUGCUAUUUUUUUCUUUACUCCCCCCCCCCAUCCUUGAUCGAACGAUUGACUGUAAAAAUUCCUAAAAAUUGGGGAAAUUAACCCCCAUCCUUGAUCGAACGAUUUUCAUAUCAUGCAAAUUUUUAUAUAUAUAAAAAAUAUUAGUUAUCAAAAUGCUUGGAAGGUGUGCCUAAUGAAGUUGUUUUCAGAGCUUUGAGACGACAGAAAGCUUCGAAAUCAGCCAUCAGAAGUGAUUUAGACAUCAGCUUAGGCUUAAAAACUCAAUAAUCUAAUAAAAUAGAGAUUCUUUAAAAUUUUAAAAAAAAAAAUUAAUUUAAAAUUAAAAUUUAUACAGUUUAGAAGGGUAACUAAUAAAUCAAAAUAUUAAAAAUUGGUAUUUUUAUGAAAUUAAUUCAAUUUUUUUGCUGUAAAAAUAAUUAUUAAAUACUCUUAACCCUCUUAUUUAAAGUAAAUAACAAAAAAUAUAUAUAUAUGUUUUUCAUUUUAUAUAUAAAAUUUUUUUCCCAAAAAAAUUUUUUUUUUUAAAACCCCCAUCCUUGAUAGAACGAUGGCGAGUCGUUCGAUCAAGGAUGGGGGGGGGGAGUUAGGAUUUCUUUAUGGGUAUAGUGCAAUUGUGAAUAUGGUUAAUGGAAUUGGUAUUAUAGUUGCCAAUGUCCCUGAAGGACUUCUGCCAACUGUAACUGUGGCUCUAACACUUACCGCUAAAAGAAUGGCUAGCAAAAAUGUCCUAGUCAAGAACUUAGAAGCUGUUGAAACUCUUGGGUCAACAACCUGCAUAUGUACAGAUAAAACAGGAACCUUGACAGAAAACAAAAUGAGAGUUGUAAACAUUUGGUAUGAUGGAAUGCUCAGAAAAGUCGAAAAUUAUGAAGAAAAAGAAACAAUUGAAGAGCUGGGAUACGAAAUUGCUGAUCCUACAUUUUUAAUGCUCCAAAAAUGCGCUUCCUUAAAUAGCAAAGCGCAGUUUACUUUUGAGCCUGAUCAGAAAUUGCUGGAGGAUAAACAUGGAAACUCUUAUCCAAAAGAUAAAGUUGAGGAGAUAAAAAUUAACUUUAAAAAAAAUAUGCUUGCGUCAUCAGUGCAAGCCUGGAAUACUGUGGGAGGAGACGCCUCAGAAAUCGCGCUUAUAAAAUUUUUUAAUCCUAUAAGUGAGAUUGAAGAAAUUCGAAAAAAAUACCCUGUAGCUGUAAGAAAAGGGAUAAAAGGAGAAAUACCAUUUAACUCAAAAAAUAAGUAUGCAGUGACAAUUCAUGAGCCUUGCAGCUGAUUUCCACAGGAACAUCAGCAUGACUGUAUUUUAUUUAUGAAAGGAGCCCCUGAACAACUAUGGCAAAGAUGCACACAUAUUAUGAAUGGUGGAGAGGAGGUCCAAAUUACUGAACAAUGGGUUAAAACAUUUAAUGAGGCAAAUAAAACUUUUGGAAGCCAAGGCCAACGAGUCCUAGGAUUUGCUUUCUUAUGGCUCGACCAGCAAAAGUAUCCAAAAGACUAUAUUUUCAACCCUAAUCUAGAAGAUGGUCCUAAUUUCCCACUUGAAGGCUUAACAUUUAUCGGGUUAAUGGCUUUAAUGGACCCCCCUCGUAAAAGAGUCAAAGAAGCAGUGAUUUCAUGUCAUGAAGCUGGAAUCAAAGUUAUCAUGGUAACUGGGGACCAGCCAUUAACCGCAGCUGCAAUUGCUCGACAAGUGAAUAUUAUUACAGAGCCAAAAACAGUCAAUGAGCUUGUAGAGGAUGGAAUGGACUGGGAUAGUGCAAUGGAAAAAAGCAAUGCACUUGUAGUCCAUGGAGACAUGCUUUCUAAAGCCCACACUGAAGAUGAAGAAUUGCCUUUUAGCCAACAAAGAAUUGCAUUAUGGCUAUUAAAAAAAGAAAUUGUAUUUGCAAGAACAUCUCCUGCACAAAAAUACAUGAUUGUAGAUGCAAAUCAGAAAUUAGGCCAAAUUGUGGCUGUGACAGGGGAUGGAGUCAAUGAUAGUCCUGCUAUCAAGAAAGCAGAUAUAGGGAUAGCUAUGAAUAUAGUUGGAAGCGAUGUAGCUAAAGAUGCUGCAGAUAUGCUUCUAAUUGAUGAUAACUUUGCUUCUAUUGUAGAUGGUGUAAAAGAAGGCAGAGUUAUUUUUGAUAAUCUUAAAAAGGUUAUUUGCUAUAUUAUAACUUCAAACAUUCCAGAAAUUGUUCCAUUUUUGACACUUGUUAUAUUCCAGCUUCCUUUGCCUUUAUCAACCGUCUUGCUCCCUCCCUUUAAAUUUGGAAAAAAUCCUUUUAAAUUUAAAGAGAGGUUAAUUUUUUUGUUUUAAAAACAAAUUGAGCACAAUACUUUGAGUUUUAAUAUAUUUUUGAGGAAAUAAUUAAAAAAAUUAAACUAUUCAGUGCGAAAAAUGUUUAAAUAGUACUCUGCUUGCAGCUUGCAUUUUGUCUAUUAAAUAGGCCAAAAUAAAUUUAAGAAAAUUAGCAUUUUCAUCUAUCAAAUUUUCCUAUUAAAAAACACCCGAAAAUGGAAAUUUUACCUUAAUUUGUUCCAAUUUAAAGGUGGGAAGGGGAGUUAGUGCUUUGUAUAGACUUAGGAACUGAUGUUGUGCCUUCUAUUUCAAUGGCUUAUGAGCCUGCUGAGCUAGAUAUAAUGAAACGACACCCAAGAAAUGCUAAGACAGACUACUUGGUUACAGGUCAACUAAUAUUUUAUUCUUACUGUAUCAUGGGAGAAAUCCAAUGCUGUGCCGGAUUUAUGGCAUAUUUCACAGUUAUGUACGAUUAUGGAUUUACCCCAUCUAUUUUGUGAUGGUUUGCUCUAAGAGAAGAUGGGACUACGCCUGGAGCCCAUGACAUUUAUAAUCCUUAUCUUCCACAUAAAGGCAACAGUCAUGUUGGGGACCCUGAGUAUGAUGAUAAGCUGGUUGACUAUAUUUCGGAUGCUGAUGGCAAGCAUGAUUUAAGAAUUUGGUUUUGGAAAAUUGGCAAGGACGAGUGGAAUGAUUGCAGAUAUCCAGAUAUGGUUUCAGAAAUUACUGGACAUACAAUUUGCUAUACUUCUGAAGCCUUAAAGUAUGCUCAAUGCUCGUUUUGGGUUGCAAUUGUGGUUACUCAGUGGGCAAAUAUUUUAAAUGUGAAGACAAGAGCUCAGUCACUUUUGCAACAAGGAAUAAAAAACAAGGCCUUGAUAUUUGGUUUGUUUUUUGAAACUGCAUUAGCAAUGCUAAUACUAUAUACUCCUCCUUUAAAUGUUGGACUAGGCACAAGGCCUCUUGCAUUUUUGCAUUGGGGAUUUCCUGCUGCUCCUUUUUUCGUUUUGUUUAUAGUUUUUGAUGAGAUCAGAAAAUGGAUCAUUAGGGCAACUCGGAAGAAAAACCCCAAGAACAGAGGCUGGGUUGAUAGAAAUACUUAUUAUUAA